AUGUCUAGACCUCAAGACGAUAGGAACCAAGAGGCUACGGUCUAUCUUGGUAAUUUGGACGAGAGGUGUACAGAUGCCUUGGUAUGGGAACUCAUGCUUCAAGCUGGGCCCGUUGUCAAUGUUCAUCUGCCAAAGGAUCGCAUCUCCAUGGCUCACCAAGGGUACGGAUUCUGCGAAUUCCUUACGGAAGAGGAUGCAGAAUAUGCCUGUAAGAUCAUGAACCAGAUCAAAUUAUGGGGCAAGCCCAUUCGGGUUAACAAGGCUUCCUCGGACAAGAAGCAACUUGAUGUUGGCGCGAAUCUGUUUAUCGGAAGUCUGGACGAGGCCGUGGAUGAACGGCUACUAUACGAUACCUUCAGCGCUUUUGGUGUUAUGGCCACGACGGCGAAAAUUGCACGCGAUCCUACGACUGGUCAGUCGAAGGGCUACGGUUUUGUUUCGUACACGGACUUCGAGUCUUCGGACGCGGCAAUCGAGAGUAUGAACGGUCAAUUCCUUAUGAACAAGGCAAUCACCGUGCAGUACGCGUUCAAGAAGGACGGAAAAGGCGAACGCCACGGCACACCCGCCGAGCGGUUGCUCGCUGCACAGGCACGCAAGAAUAACGCACUACCUGCUUCGGCCCGACCACCACCUGCACCAGCAGGUAUCGCUUUUGGCGCGCGGCCUCCUGUACCAUUCCAAGGACCGUAUCAAGGCCAAUUUGCCGGUGCACUGGCAGCCCCACCACCGCCUCCGCCAGGCUUCGCAAUGCCCCCUGGAGCACCCAUGCCGAUGGGUAUGCCCAUGCAGGUCCCGCCCGGUAUGCCGCCUCCUCCUGGUAUGAUGCCGCCUCCGCAAAUAGGUAUGCCAAUGGGUAUGCCGCCGCCACCCCCCGGAAUGCCUGCGUAUGGCCAAGGCUUCCCACCUCCACCUCCACCGGGCUUUGUACCGCAGGGAAUGCCUGGGAUGCAGCCGCCGAUGAUGCCACCACAACAGCAGGCGUAUAUGGGUUGA